AUGGAAACUGCGUCCAGCGCCUUGAGCCAAUUCGUCAUCUUGGCGCAGACGACGCAGGGGCGCGCACUGGAGGCCCUUAUCGGGCAAGCCCUUGACCACUCCUCCAUCUUCGUCUUCGGGGAGCUCCUGGACUGCCCCAACGUCAAGGCCCUCCAGGGCACCGAGUUUCAGCGGUCAUUGGACCUGCUUCGCCUCUUCGCCUAUGGCACCUACCCCGACUACAAGGCGCGCGCCAGCGAGUUAGGCGAGCUGACCGCGGCACAGAAGCGGAAGUUGCAGCUGCUGACGCUGGUGACCAUGGCUACAAGGGACAAGCUGAUCAAGUACUCCGACCUUGAGGCCGCCGUGGACGUUUCAAGCACGCGUGAGCUCGAGGACCUGACCAUCGAGGCCGUGUACCAGAAUCUCUUGGUCGCAAAGAUGGACCAGGAGAAUCAGUGCGUCCUGGUUGAGUCCUGCGCGUGCAGAGACUGCAGGGACGAGGACAUCGACUACAUCAUCGAGACCCUCACCUCCUGGCAACAAUCGGCCCAGGGCAUGAUCCAAGCGCUCGAUGGGGCCGUUGCGUACGCCAACAGCAGCUACGAAAAGCAGAAGGUUGCCAUGGAGGACUUGGAAAGAGAGGUGAAGACGAUCCGGGACAGCCUGAAGGAGGGCGAGUCCACAAAGGUGGGCGGCGUCGGCUGCACCCGAAUGCAGAUCGACGAGGCGGACGAGGAGUCCAAGCGCGCCAAGAGCACGAGGGGCCGCUGGGUGGGUGGAAAGCACUGA